UUGUUCGUAGCCCCAAAUCUACUAUGGAUAUUUCCUCAAUUAUUUCACCACACCAGUCGACUGGCCAACAGCAACCCCAUCCAAUCAACACCCAAUCCACCACCGUCACUGUGUCUCUUCCGUCCCCGCCUCAAACCUCUUUGGCUUCCACGUCAGCGCCACAUCGUCCAGCUCAGAUGCCUCAGUCUCCUUCACGAAAGCGUUCCCUUUCCCCCACGUUUGGCUCAGAGGCUAUGAGACCGACGGAUCAGGAUGAUCCGUCGGCUGGUCGGCCCCGGAAAUUCUGGAAAUCCGCCACGGGCCACAGGCGGGGCAUCACUAUAUCUGAAAUGAUCCCCAUCACAGCACCGACUAAUUAUCGACGGCCUCCUGCCUCCAUCUCCCGUCCGCAUACUUCGGUCUCGCCUUCAGCCGUGAGGAGAGGCAGGCCAACAGCGCGAGGUGUUGGGACGGAAGCUCCGAGCAGCCCCGCAACCGGGCAAUCAUCGUUGUCACCUAUCCGGGAUACCCAGUCACCGCCCUCUCCUGAAAGGGGCCGGGAAGAGCUAGAGGAGGAAGAAUACUCCAGAGAAGGGUCUGCGGACUCAGAUGCCUACCUUAUUACCACAGAAGAUGGCCGUGUAGUUUCGAUCGCUGAUUCCCCCGCUGCCAGGAAACGUCGCCAAAACACAAUUGCUGCUCGAAGGUCAAGGCAGAGGAAGUUAGAAUAUGUGAGGAUGCUGGAGCGGAAGGUGGAGGAUUUAGAGAAGGAGAGAGAUGAUUUAAAGGCAAGGUGCGAGAAGGCGGAGGAGAAAGUGCAGUGGUUACGUGAGAUGAUUGUGGAAGGACGAGGCGGGGGAGGUUCAAGGGGUGAACAUGGCCUAGGUUGAAUGCCAGCCGUGCUCUAGCGUGGGUUUUCCCUUUCCUUCCCAGGAGCAUAAGGACUUUCCGGUAGCUUUGUGAGCGCCGAACUUAGUGGGUCAAGUUUAUAGUGCGCCAAUAUUGCUUUACAUUUUUCAUUUCAAC